AUGGCUUCCUCCGAAUCUACUCCUCCAGCUCCAACGCCUCACGAAAAUGCCACCCCGGACCUGGACGUCGAGAAGCUACAUGCACUCCCCUCCGAACAACAAGACCUCUACCUCCUCACCUUCACCUCCGAUCUUGUGCAGUUCAUCUCUGGCCUCGAUUCGAAACAGGUCUCCUCACAACAAAAAUCCCUGAAACAUGAAUUGUUUAAAGUCCUCACUCUCUCGUCUCCCCCGAUCACUCGAGUCCUCCGCAACAACCUUGGACGAUCCUUCGGUUCAAUUCUUACAAAAGGAGACCGUGGCAUUCUCUUUGAGACGAUUACCGACCUGCUUGGCAUAUUGAGUGCCGGGAAGAGUGAAGCAGAAGUGAGGACAAAGUUCGCGGCUGCGCACUGCCUGGGAGAGGUAUUUGCGACGGCCGGAGAGAGCGCUUUCAUGCAGUCCAAUGUGGCAGCUUCGACUGUGCUCAAACUGCUCAAGUCUGCAGGUAGCCACACUGGCCUGCGUGGUGCCAUAUUCUCUGUACUCCGCAAAAUUGUGGUGGGCAUUGGUGCUCCAAUUGAUGAACCGAUCGCGCGCGACAUUUGGAAGCAGGCGCGCAAUGCAGCAACCGGUGACAAGGCAACGUUUGUGCAGGUACAUGCAUGUCGCUGUAUUGAGCAGCUAGUCAACAUGACGCCAUUUUUUGAUAAUGCCAAUGAUUUCGAGAAUCUCAAGUCUAUGUCCUGGAAGGUCAUUGACAGCCCUGUUGCCCCAGUUCGUCAUGCUGCGGCUUGUUGUCUUGGUCGGGCCUUGAUCAAAUUACAUGCCACCGACACCCAUGUCGCUGCUGCCCCCCCCAAACCGAAACCCAAGAAAACCAAGAAGACCUCCAAGAAGGCCGGUUCUCGACCUGGUGACGAAGAGGAGGCGGACAUGUCUGAGUCCUCUGUUGCGCCGAAGAAGAAUGAAUCUCGACUGUUCUUUCUCCUCCCAGACCUCUUGAGGCAACUUUCAUCCCAGUACUUGAAGAGCACAACAUCAAACCGAACUCGUGCAGGGAUCUGCAUCUGCUACAAAUACAUUCUUCGCAACCUGGGCGAUAAGGUUGUCGAGGAGAAAUACGGCCAAAUAGCCUCGAACUUAUUGAUUGAUUUACUGAAUCACCCAACUGUGACCUAUAACCGAUUUCGUCUUUUGAUGACGCGCAAAUUUGUCAAGACUGUCUUAGAAGACACCAUCGGCCGUGAAAUGAUGCAAGAAAGCAGCCAGUUAAAUGCUGCGAAGUGGUUGAUCAACGAUAUCCUCAAAGACUACCCCCAGGUCAUUCAAGAGCGACGCGAGCCUAGCAAGUACACGCUGACAAGUGCAGUUAGUGCCUUGUCCUCCUUGAUUUCAUCACUUGGCUCGGCUUUCGGUGUGCAUGCUGAUAGUUGUCGGGAUGCAUUGCUUCAAGUGCUGCCUCACCCAAGCUACACUGUGCAGGUACAUACAGCCCACUGUCUUCGGAACUAUGUACUUGCCUGCCCUCAUCAGCUUUUAUCCUGCGUCACAAUCUGUAUGAAUAGCCUGAAUCGUGAAAUUGGCCAACUUGGUGCUCCACGCCAGUCGCCUCGCCGAUGUGUUGGAUAUGCCAACGGCUUAUCAGCAAUGCUCAGCACAUCUCGGCUACAGCCAUUGUACGGUGCCGUGGACGUAUUUGCACGCAUAUUUUCGCAGGCAACGGAUCUUUUGAAGACAAGCUCUAGCUCGGAAUUACGGGUAGCUAGCACCCAAAUUCAGGUGGCAUGGAUCUUGAUCGGAGGUCUUAUGCCCCUUGGUCCAAGUUUUGUCAAAAUUCAUCUUUCGCAGUUGAUGCUGCUUUGGAAAAACUCACUACCAAAACAUCUGAGUAAAGAGAACGCAGCCCAGCCUAGCCUUCUGGAAACAAGUUUCCUCACUCAUGUCCGAGAAUGCGCUCUGAGCGCGCUGCUUGUGUUCAUGGAAUUCAAUAGUAAGCUCAUCACCGCCGACGGGGCUAAAAGAAUUGCUGCCAUGUUGCAGAAUACUGUUGAAUUCUUGGAUGAUUUGCGUCGUCCCAAGUCAAUGGAGGAUAUUUCCCAACGUCUUCAUCCAUCCCUGCAGUUGCACGAUCUUAUGACUAUGGUUCGUCGGCGAGUUUUGCAAUGCUUCUCAAAGCUAGUUCAUGUGCAUCAUCCUAGCCAUGGAGAUAUAAUCUCGCAAACAAGCUUGAUGAGCAUAGCAAUCGCCUCCUUCGCGGAUCCAGAUGCUCAAUAUCGACCAUUGGAGAGCUCUAUAGCUGGGUCAACUGGUCAGUUCGACGGGCUAUGGGAUCUGUGUGAUAACUAUGGAUUUGGUGUAACUGGGCUCGCUAGAGAAUAUAUCCGCGCUGCGCUAUUUGGCACGCAGGGUAAAGACAAUGCCCCUGCCUGGUCUAGUAUUGACUCUGCAGACCAUGGUAUCGAUGAGGCUUUGACUUUCCCUAUUUGCCAAGCUAGCGAGCAUGAUGCAGUACUGCUGUAUAGUAUGCGCGACGGUGACCACCUCUCUGUGGAUCCCCCUACCACAGGCGUGGUGAACUCCGCUAUUGAGCUCUUUGCUGUUGCUCUUGGGCUCCAUUCCGCCAAAAUCCAAGAAAGCAGCAUCGAACAAAUUGCAACCUUCCUCACAUCACCAACUCUCCAAAGAAACCCAGGGCGCAAGGCUGCUUUGGCCGUCAACGUCUCGGUGGCUCUUCUCCACGCCCUCAAGGUAGCUGUCAAAGACACGGAUUUCGUGGCUGGAAGGCUCAACUCUUCAACCGACAAAAUCAUGCAAGAGCUGGUUCAGAAAUUUACCAUCGACACUGAUCCAAUCAUCAGAAAUAUCGGAGUUGAAGCCUUAGGCCGGCUAUGUGUCAGCUCAGGGAAUGCAAUCACAAAUACUCAAGUCAACUGGCUCGUGGAUACUAUCGUUGCCAACCGCGAGCCCAACGCUCGAGCCGGAUGUGCUUCUGCAUUGGGUUGCAUUCACCAGCAAGUCGGUGGUAUGGCGGCCGGGUUGCAUCUGAAGACGAUCGUUGGCGUUCUGAUGUCCCUGUGCAAUGACCCUCAUCCGAUUGUCCAUUUUUCGGCUUUGAAUGGGCUGGAUAGAGUCGCUAGCUCAGCUGGUCUCACGUUCUCGCCUUUUGCCUCCAGCGCGUUAGGGAUGCUUGCUCAGCUGUACAAUGCAGAUACCCACAAUGAGGAAUCAGCUGCGCUGGCAACAUCCAACAUCGAAAUGUUGUUCCUGACGCCCGUUAUUAUCGGCAGAUGCGUCGAUUCGCUUAUCAACGUUCUCGGGCCGGACCUGCAAGAUGUUGCGAAGACUCGUAAUCUUAUAUUGACGCUUUUGCGUCAGUUCCAACUGGAGGAAAACCCAGCUUUGGUAACCGAGAGCUUCAAGUGCUUGGACCACUUCUCACUCUAUGCUUCUAGCUACGUCGACUUCGAAGGAUAUGUGAAACGCCUACAGACAGAGCUCCGUGCGAAGAACAUCUUCCUCCGAAACGUAGCGAUUCGCGGGCUGAGCAAUUUGAUGAAACGUGAUGCUACUUCCGUUGUGGCGACGGCAAGUGAGACCCUUGAGGACGACAUCUGGCUUGCCUUCGACGAUACCCCGGACAACUUAGCCCUGAGGAACAUGAUUCAAGAGUGGCUCCAACAAACAGCCCUUACUGAGCCAGAUGUUUGGAUCCAGCGCUGCCAGAACAUCAUGACGAAGACUCGCAAUAAGGUUGAGUUGCCACCGACCACUGCUGUCCAAGCAGCAGACAUUCAUGACGAUGAAGUCGCUGGGUUUGCCUCUGCCGCUGCUGCUGAAGGGCAAGGCGAUGCAACUAAUGAAACUAUUUCCGGUCAAGAACUUUUGAAGUGGCAGACUCGAAAUUUCGCCAUGUCUUGCAUUUCCGAUCUACUUGCUAUGGUCCAGGAAGCGAUCCUGCCCGACCAGACCAUCCCGGCUGAGUUGGCUCUUCAGUCUAAGGUUGGCGAUAUUGUACGGAUGGCAUUCUCUGCGUCAACUGCCAAUGUCAUCGAACUUCGAGUUUGGGGCUUGAAGAUCCUUGAUCAAGUUCUUACCAUGUUUGGCAAAACCCCCGACCCCGACUUCGCAGAGGCCUCUUUGCUCGAACAGUAUCAAGCUCAGAUAGGCUCGGCUCUCACUCCAGCCUUUGCAGUCGACUCCUCCCCAGAGCUUGCUUCCGAGGCUAUCAAUGUGUCUGCUACAUUCAUUGCCACUGGCAUAGUGACGAAUGUCGAUCGCAUGGGAAGAAUUCUCAAGCUUUUGGUGCUUGGCUUGGAGAAUUUUGCAAAGAAUCCUGACACAACUGAGAUCGGCGACUUGAAGGGAUUGAACUCCAAUGCCCGAGUCAUGGUCAAGCUCGCGCUCUUUUCUGCAUGGGCUCGGCUGCAGAUCGCAAGCAUGGAGCAGGAAUAUCUCAGCAGGGUGGUCCAGCCCUACGUCGCUAAACUCACACCCCUGUGGCUCUCGUCUCUUCAAGAAUAUGCGAGGCUACGAUUUGAGCCCGAUAUCUCAGGUGCUCUGGGUACCAGUACCUCGAGCAAUGAUCUGGAUGAAGUCUAUGCUGCGUUGAACCGGGAAACCUUGCUCAAGUUCUAUCAAGAUACUUGGCUCAAUCUUGUCGAUGCCAUUGCAGGCCUUGUUGAGAAGGAUAUUGACUUCGUCUUUGAUGCUUUGGAUGGCAAGCUCCAACCUCCUGAUGAGACCAAAGGAGAUAAGAACAACGAGAACAAGGGACAAGAAUCCAACGAAGUUUCUGUUAAUGAGUCCAAAGACAAGGGCGACGAUAUUAACUAUCGUGAAGAGCCAGUCGCAUUCUUCUUCGUCCUGUUUGGCCUUGCUUUCGAAUCAUUGGUCGAUCAAGCAACCUCGCCUUCCCACCGGUUAGCAAUUCUUCAAGCGCUUAAACGGAUUCUGCGGCCCAUCAUCUGUGGAAAUGCGAUUUACCAAGAGGCUGUUUUCACUGAAACCAUGGACACCUUUGACCGACUUGUCUUGACCGAGACCAUUCCUGUUCAGACUGUCAUUGUUGAAAUCGCCCAGAACCUCUCGCUUGAUCAUCCAGUAGCUCAGAGUGACCAGGAUCGCCCCGAUCAUCUCUCUGAUGAUAUCGAGCAAUUAUUCGAGCUGACGAGAAGCAUUAUUCUUGUCUUGGCGGGAAUGAUUCCAAACCUCCGUGAAGCGACUCCAAUGGCGAGGUUCAACGUGACGUCAGAUGAUUCUUUGGCUCUUAUACGCCUGGCUCUCCGGUCUCUGGUAGAUGUUGCUGCCGUCUUCCCAUCAAUCAUCCGGAAUGACCUUCAUGCUUGUAUUAUGCAUAUCUUCACUACUAUCCUCGCGACUGGGGUGUGCCAAACAGAGGUUGUUCCGCAGGCUCUUCCCAUCUUCCGUCAAUUCGUCCACGCUAUCACUCAUUCGGCAGAUAUCGCGGAGGAGAGAGACGUUGUUUCCUACCAGAUUCGUGGCUGUCUCACUCGCUUCCUUACCAUUCUCACCAUUGCUCAACGUCGCGAAUCUGAGUCGUCUAUGCCUUGCGCUAAGAACACUCUGCUGGCAAUUACAUUCUUGCUGACUGCUGGCGGGCAUGUCCUGCCCCCGCAGGACCCUAUCAUCAAUCAGGUCCUCAAUGAACUGCUCGAUUGUCUUCAAGAUGUCGGCCUUGCCACGGUGGCUGCUAGCUGCUUACGAUCUAUCCUUCUCAAGCCCAGUCCCCGUUAUAUGACAGAUGAUGUGAUCUCACGCUACCUCCUUCCGCGCCUGAUCGCUUUCCUUAUUGGAACCCCCAGUAAUGGCGGCGAUGUCCCAAGCGACCCAGAGAACUCCCGAACAGUCAUCGCCCGCACAAUUGUCUCGUGCGUCACAAAUGCGACUUUCUCCUCUACUGCAACCCCUACUGCCAUGUCAUUGGUCAUGUCUGCCCUCAUGGCUCGCGCGAAGCGGGACGGUGCGUCUGUAUAUCAGGAAUCUGCCGUGAAUCUGCUCGAGCUCGCGAAGGCAGACCAGGUCAUCUUCCGUGCUUUGGUAGCCAAUAUGAACGCGGACCAGAAAUCCCUUCUGGAAGAAGUUCUUCGCAGUGCUGGUAUUGGCACUGGCUCUGCAAAGUCGGGUGAGACUGCAGAUGCUGCCCACAGGCAGCGCCUAGCAUUGCCCUGCGCAUGGACUUUUGAAUCCUAUGAACAUACUGGAAAUGUGCUAUGA